UAAAUACGGUUGCAUCUCUAUUGCAGUUACCGGGCAGUGAUAUAGCCAGCGGCAGCGAUGUGCUCUCCGACAUCAUUCCCAGCGUGCCCAGCUCACCCUGCCUCGCGGCCAAACGGAAAAACAAACCGCACCGAAACCUGGACGAGCUGCCCUGGAGCGCCAUGACCAACGACGAGCAGGUGGAGUAUAUUGAGUAUUUGAGUCGAAAAGUGAGCACAGAGAUGGGACUUCGGGAGCAGCUGGACAUCAUAAAAAUAAUCGACCCGAGCGCACAGAUUCUGCCGACGGACAGCGAGUUCAUCAUCGAGCUGAACUGCCUCACCGAUGAAAAGCUCAAGCAGGUGCGGAGCUACAUCCGCGAGCACGGUCCGCGGCAGCAGCGCAGCGUGAAGAGGAGCCUGGCGAGCAGCGUGAGCGCUCACAGCAGCAGUGACGCCAGCAUCACCAGCAGCAGCAUCAGCAGCAGCAGCGCCUCCACCGCCUCCAGCAUCAGCCGCGCUCACAGCGACGGGAACCUGGCCUCCGCCGCAGAGAGGAUACGAGACUCCAAGGUGCUCCUCAGAGACACAGCGCAGUGAUCCGCCUCGAUCAAACACAGUGCAGCCG